AACGAAAGGGCAGUGACAUAUCGGGCACAUGAGAUGGUCAUCGUAGCUGGAGACCAACUCCAGUGAGCGCAAGUCGACAACUUCGUCUCGGUCGCAGUUCGCCUCCAUCGCGAGCAACUCGUCGAGGGUGAUGGAUGUCAUAAUUCUAAACCCCCUUCCCACGCAGGAAGGGUUCAGCUUAUAUUGUCAAGCCACGGGCUCGUGCGCCGAUCGAUCCAGUCCUGCACAGGGGGGUGAGUCUAGAAAUGAAGGGACCGACCGUCCAGAUGCCACAGGGGUCGGAUGAUGAAACAAUAGCACAAAGCAGACGCCCAUGUACCUCAGAAAGUUACACAGUGGCUGACACGAAGGUUUGACUAAAAGAAGAACAAAAAUUCAGGGGGGAGGGUGGCCGCAGGAGGUGGACGUGAGGAAAGUGAGGCCAUUGCGGGGGAAAGCAAGAGAGAGAGGAAUGAAUGUGGAUAACCAUGAAUGACGGCGAGAUAUGGGAAAUGGAGACGAUGGCGGCGGAAGCGGCAGAUCUGCCGAGAACGAGGCCCUCUGGGUUGUAUCCAUUCCAUCCACCCGGGCUGGUCCUCUGGCUUCAGCAAUAUCCACUUCAUUGCUCCAUCAACUGGCAGUCCCUGCGUGGAUGUACUGUACUUCUCCCCCUCCCUUCCCUGUCAUCUGCAAGUCGCCGCGGUUCCGACAUCUCCGCAUUGCCUGGGCUUGACCGACGCUAAGACAACCUCACAGCCUUGUUCACCCUCUCCUCUCUCUCCUCAUCCGGCUCUCCCCCAAUACCAUCCUCACGCACAUUCAAACACUAUCACAUCCCUCUCCGCCAUGCCAAACCCUUCACAACUCCUGCUCCUUGCCGAUCACAUCAAGUUAUCGCUCCUCGAACGGCAACGAGCCAUCUCGCUCGACCUCGAACCCAAUAGCCAAGAUGGCGAGAUCUCCCGCUCCCUCGACUCCUUGAAAGAGGGCAUCGAUGCCGUGGAAUCCGACUGCGCACGACUAGAAGAAGCCAACGAUGAAAGCGCCACCGAGAUGAGAGACCAACUCGACCACCUAUACUCCCAGUAUCGAGACCUGACAUCCCAAUUCCGCGGCUCGGAUGCCGCAGCAGAGGACGAUCCCGUCGAGUUCACCAACAUCAAGAAGUCAUCACCGGACCUGAAACAGCCCGUCCCGCAACAUCCCUCUUCCAAAUCAGUUCGUUUCAUGGACAACGCCGCCGAAGAGGACGAUCUCAAUCGCCGCAACCUUUUCCAGCCAUACCGCGACUCGCCCUCCCCACAGGGCGUCGACACAUCCGACAUGUCCAACCAGCAGGUCUAUGAUCAUCAUGAGCAGAUCAUGCGCGACCAAGACGAGCAGUUAGACCGACUCGGCGAAUCCAUCGGACGACAACACCAGCUCAGUAUUCAGAUCGGGGAUGAACUUGAGGGCCAUGUUGCAUUGCUCGAUGACAUGGAUGGCCAUGUGGAACGGCAUCAGGGUCGGUUAGACAAGGCCAAACGCCGGCUGGAUAAAUUUCGGCGAAGUGCGAGUGAGAAUUGGAGCAUGAUGACAAUUAUCGGAUUGAUCAUCGUCCUCGUCAUACUGAUCGUCCUGCUCAAGUGAUCCCUCUCGUAUAUGAUACUUCUUGUCAUGACUUUGUUGUUGUGGGACGGGAUUACUACUUCUACCACUACCACUCUGUUGAUGAUGAUCCCCGGGGCGAAAUGGCGUUAUUUGCGUUGAAUUGGAGUUGUCCAUACUACUAAGCCAUCGGGUUGGUGGAAGGGAUUCUGUGGCGUUACAAUAGGUAUAUUUGUUUGCAGCUUUAACACUUUUACAGUCCACCCGGCAUCUGUUUCGAAUACACUAUAUAUCAUUCCUUUGAAUUACUCUAUAGCAGACUCAAAUACAAUUUUCCUGCUUUU